ACUCUUCUAAAAUAUGUAACAGCUCUGUACAUACACGAAACAAGACAUUUUUGACUCGAUUGAUCAUUUUAGGCGCCUACGAGAACUUAUAUGGAAAAUUACCAAUUGGAAACUUAUUUUCUAUGUAUCUUUAAUUUAAGUAUCUUCUUGCUAAUGCUCUCAAUAACUUUACCAUCGUUCAGUGCCCAAUUUAGUUAAUGGUAACAAGUCAAACACUGUUACAUGUCUCUCAGUUUCUCAACGCGGUCUUUAAGAGAUACUGCUGGAAAAAAGUCUCACAUCUGCACUUAUUUUAUUAUUGAAAAAAUAUAAAUUAUUAUUUGUAUAAAACAGUCACGAGUUAAAAUUAAAGAAUUAUCCGUGGUUCGAUCAUAAAUAUCUUCAUUUUGAAUUUCAUUGUUCAGAAAUCUAUCAUAAGAAAAAUGGCUGGAACUCCGGAACAUUCGAAAAAGUGUUUUUUUCAAACCUCUUGAUGUCAGAUUCUAAACUCAGCAGCUAGUAGUAUAUAUAUGCAUAAUGGCUCCAAAGCAGCUCAUCGCAUCCAAAAUUGAUCAGAGUAUAGUGAAAAUUGUCAAAAAAUUGACUUAUACUGCAGAAUACAAAUGGCCAAUCAAAUUUAAAUACAUUGAAAAGUUAUCUAAAACGCAAAGACCAAUGCAAUCGCCGAUUUUCGAAACUCAAAAUCGGAGUGACAUGCACUGGAACAUGUUUCUCGAAGUUGGAACGGAACUGAAUCCAAAAUCUGGCAAAGAAGAAGAAAAAUUAAAAGUUCAGGUGAAUCUUUUGUCGAACUGCCGACUAAAGGCUGAAGUUACCAUCGAAUUGUUAAACUUCGAAGAGAAAGUUUGUGCCGGUUAUACGGCAAUUCUUAAUCACACCAAUGAAGACAGCUCAGAAAAUCUGGUAGGCACGGAAUUUCCUCUGUCAGUUUUGAAGAAAAAAAAAUUCCGCUUGUUGCUCUCCUAUCAACUAAAUAUCGCUUGUCGUAUUAAAGUCAUAAUGAACCCGUUGCAAAGCGACCUAUCAUCGAAUCUCGUCUACUUGUCCAGUAGAGCACGAUUGUCCAAGGAACGUCUGAAUACGGCCAUUGUGGCCGGAGGCACUAUAUUUCCUGUUCACCGUGAGAUUCUCUUCAAGUGCAGUACUUUAUUCGAAAAUCUGUUCAGACAAACCAACAUAAGACUCGACGAAGAGGCCUAUGUGCAAAUCGACAAUAUCGAUUCCAAGGUUAUGCUUGUCAUGCUGAAUUACAAGUACACGGGUAAUUUCGAUACAAUGAUUAACGAAAACGUGAAUGACUUUCUCAAAGCUGCAGAAAUUUGCGGUAUUGUUGAUUUAAAGUUUAAAUGCAGCAAUGCUCUUAAGGCCCGCUUAUAUGCGUUUGGCAACUUCAUAUCGGUAUGAUUACCAGAUGUAAUUGAUAUACUGGUUCAGUACGAUGCUUCUACUUUCAAUGUAAAUUAUAUAAACAAAUAAUGUACACUAAUUACUCUGACUAUCUGAA